CCCAAUUUGGCGAAAAAUUAGAAAACGAGCUCUGCUGCAUUAGGGUUUCAAACUCUCCUCCUAAAACCCCUUUCUGCAGCUCAUCGUCUUCCAUCCGCAGCCAUGGCGAGCACCAAAGUCCAGCGGAUCAUGACCCAGCCUAUUAACUUGAUUUUCAGAUUCCUCCAAAGUAAAGCUCGGAUUCAGAUUUGGCUGUUUGAGCAGAAGGACGUCAGGAUUGAAGGCCGCAUUAUUGGAUUUGAUGAGUACAUGAAUCUGGUCCUGGAUGAUGCAGAAGAAGUCAGCAUCAAGAAAGAUACCAAGUCAGACCCAAAAAAGAAAGAAUCCAGGAAACCAUUAGGAAGGAUUCUUCUCAAAGGUGACAACAUAACUCUGAUGAUGAACACGGGAAAGUGAUAUUGCUACAGUAAAUGCAUAAAUCUAGUUCAUUGCGACAGAAUCUGAUGAAGGUCCAGCAAUCUAGAUUGACUGACUUUGAAACUCUUCAUAAAUCAAUCUUGUUCGGUUAAUUUCCAGGCAAUAACCUAUCUGUAAAUCCAUUCACCCAUGUAAAAUCCUUGGUCAUUUGUAUCUGAUGGAUCAUGGCUUAUAUCAGGUAAAACAAAUCCAUGUUUUUUUAAGGACACGACUUGUUUUUCUUUCUUUUUCUAAUAGGUUUAUCUAGUGAUUGUAUUUUUCUUUCCGCAGCUGCGACACAAGUAGGGAGCCAUUGGUUUUUUUUUUUUUGAUUGUUUUGAAUGGAUGGAUCUUUUGAUUAUCUCCCACUCAUCAUCUCAAGUACUUACAAAAUCACACUGAAUUUUUUUACAUUGAUAUCAGUUAACUUACGUGGCAAAGUCUACUUUCAGAUUACAGGGAACACAUAAUAAUUGAAUCCAUCUGUUUGUGACAGUAGUCUAAACAUGCUCGAUUAGAGCAUAAUUUCGACAUCAGCCUCUGCAAUUGCAUUAUGGUCUUAACUUUCCAUUUUCCAAGGUUACCUCUUACAAAUUGAGCAACAUAACCCUUGGUGUAAACCGAGACUGCAGGUUGAUUGUAACAACUGAUGAGUCAAAACCACAAGGCAUUGCUUAUCUAUAGCAGGAAAUGACAUGAGCAGGAUCUUUGUUACUUCUGGUCGGAAAUGGCUUACAAUUCUGGUAUGGUUACCAACUGCGAAGCUGUAAAGCACGGUUAGGCCUAACUUACUAGACCUCAUUGCCAUUGGUCAUUUGCUUCUGGAUUCUAGAUAUCACCCUUGGUUUCACUGACUUGUGAAGAUU